UGUCAGGAAAGAUUUUAAGUUUUAGCAUAAGAACAACUUAUGGUGUUUGAAAGCAUUUGUUUUACUGUUCUUUCAAAUAGCCUCUCAUUAUGUGAACCGUGGAAAUUUAACAAAGAAAUUAGUGCCAGGGCUGGCAUUCACACAUACCUUGAGUAGUAAGUUUCUCAGAGAAGAGCCUGUGGAAUUUAUUUCUAUGUAAAGCACUAUUAUAUUGACAAGAAUGGUAGAUUUCAUUUCUCUUUAACAGCAAGAUCUUAAGGCUGCCUCGGGCUCCUGGGUAAUUCCUGCAUAUUCCUAUGGGAAGCACAAAGCUGCUGUCACUGUUCCCGAACACUUCUGUGUGUUGUAAACCCAGAUGUGACAAUACAGCCUAUACUUGCUUUCACUCCAGGCUCUUGACAUUCCAUGUGCUUGAGGGAGCUCUCUGAAUAAUGUAAACAUUUCUCUUUUGAGACACAGGGAGCAAUCACAGCCAAGAUGAAACUGAAAGCUCUCAGUCCCAUAUUGUUAGGCUUGUGUUGUGUUUAACCUUCAGUGACCUUAAGGAGUUACCAUGAAAUUGUUGCAACUGUAAGUUGUUGUGACUUGGUUAUCAUGAGAUUACCAAGAAGUCACAGACGAUUUCUUGCUUGGUUUCAUGUCCCUAUUUCUGCUAAUUAGAUCAUGACAGGAUUUCCAGUUAUUCACAGUGUUUUGCUUCACAGCUGUGUGCCAGAAGAGUGCUGUUCACAGUCUAAUAGAUAAUUGUGUCUGUCAGUGAAAACACUAACUUGGUUGUCUGAGUUUUUGUUUUAGUUUUCCAUCUAAGAAAGCUUCGGAAGGAUAAACUGAAUCCUAAAUGGAGUAUCGUACAAUACAAGUCCUGACAAAAACAGGUGAAUACCAUAAUAUGAAAUGCAUUCAUUGAAAUGAUGAGUUUUAUUUAGAAGAAUAAGAAAAUAAAAGAUCGAGGUACCAAGUCACCGUGCUACUUGAUAUCCUGCAUAGAGAAAGAUGUUACAGAGGGACAUACAUGUACCUCAUGACUGAAGAACAGGAAGGAGAUGGGAAAUAGGGACGUGACUGAUCCACAGGUGCAUUGGAGAGUGACUGCUGUUAAAGCUUUUGAAAUGGAGAUUAUACCUGCUAAUAAAAUUGUUGCCCAGAUUGGAGAAACACUCGUACUCACAUGCAAUACUACUGGCUGUGCAUCACCAAGUUUUUCCUGGAGAACACAAAUGGACAACCCCCUUGGAGGAACAGUGAACAACCAUGGGACAUACUCUACCUUGACUAUGAAUCCAGUUAGUGUUGUGAAUUCUCAUGAUUAUCUGUGUACUGUCUUCUGUGAUAAGAAAGGGAAAAAAGAGAAGAGUGUCAAAGUUGAACUUUACUCUUUCCCCAGUGAUCCUGUCAUUGAGAUCAGCCCAUCCUCAGUUGCUGGAGGAACAGUCACUGUCAUCUGUAAAAUUCCUGAUGUGUAUCCUUCUGAGCACCUGGAGCUAAUCCUAAUGAAAGAGGAACAUGUUCUUCACGAAAAACAUUUUUAUGGAGAUGACAGCACAAAUACAGAGACCAAAACCGUGACAUAUUCAUUUAUUCCCAUGGCUGAAGAUAUUGGGAAAGAGAUUACCUGUGUGGCCAAGUUACCAGUUCCUUAUAUGGACUUUAAACCCAAAGAAAGAGUAUCUUCUCAGAAACUGAAUGCAAAUUUUGGUCCACAAAAUACUAUCAUUACUGCGUCUCCAGGCAACUCACCAAUGGAGGGAGACUCUCUAAAACUCACUUGUGCGACUGAGAGCAACCCACCACCACAAAUAGUUUGGAGAAAACAUUUGGCUGAUGAAAGCAUUCAGCAUCUGAUAAAAAACAAUGUCCUUUCUAUUCCCCAUGCCCAUUUCAGUGAUUCAGGACUGUACAUCUGUGAAGUAAUUAAUCUGGUAACUAAUAGAACAGAGACUGCAACUGUGGACAUUGUUAUACAAGGUGCUCCAGUCAUUACAGAGCUCUCCAUUGAGCCUUCUACAACAGUUCAAGAAGGAGAAAAUGUUUCCAUACAAUGUUCUGCUGAGAGUAACCCUCCUCCCAAGAUUAUUUUAAGGAGAAAAUCUGACAGUGCAGACAUGGAGCCUUUCAGUGCAGGGAGCAUUCUCCUUCUUCCAUCUGUGAUGUUCCUAAAUGGAGGAGGCUAUGAAUGUGUAGCAGAAAAUAAAUUUGGGAACAGUAAAAGUGAAAUAACACUUAAUGUGGAAUAUGGACCAAAGAAUACAAUGAUCUCUGUUACCCCUGCUACUGCUGUUAAAGAAGGAGAAACUGUGGUGAUGAAAUGUACUAGUUCUGGCAAUCCAUCUCCUGUGAUCUCUUGGAAGAAAAAGAAAGCCACUGGGGAGUUUGAGAAAAUUUUUAAAAAUGCAACUUUAACUAUACAGAACUUGAAAAGUCAAGAUCUGGGGCUUUACGAAUGUGAAGCUUAUAACCAACUUGGCAAGGAAGAAAAAGCUGUGAAAUUAUUUGUUCAAGCAAGAUUGGAAAACCCAGAUCAGAUGUUACCACUGAUCAUUGCAUUCUCCUCUGUAGCAGCGGUAGCAGUACCUGUAGUUGCAAUUUUGAUCUACGUGUCAAGAAAAGCAAAGAUAAAUGGAUCCUACAGUCUUGUAAAAGCACUCAGGUUGAAAGUGUGAUCACAUGAAUAUAAGUCUUUAGUUGAUAUUAAGCAAAUUUAUUUAUUGUUGUGACUGGUUCUACUCUUCUGGUAACAAACAAGUGACUUAAGAACAGUGCCAUGUGAUAGCAAAUGGCUUUUUUUCAUGUUUUGAUAAGUGUUUUGGUAUUCAAAUUAAAGGAAAAGCUAGCAUCCUCUCCUAGAAAUUGGUAAAUCACUUCUGUGUUGAAGCAUGCUGGACAAAGAGUUCUGUGGAGAAACAAGUUUGUACAUAGUGUAUAAUUUAUGUUAUAAAUAUGUUCAACUAAAUAUCAGUUUGUAAAAUUGCAGUCUUAUGUACAGAGAAAUUUUGUUAAUUCAAAGAUAUAAAUCGUCAUUGCUUGAUAUUUUAUUUUGUAUUACUCUGCAGCAUGAAUGUUUUUAAUAUCAUUUGUCUGCUUGUGUUUGGAAAAUGUUCUGGUUUCACUGAUAUUGCCAUAAAUCCUGUACCUUCAAUGAAGUUACACAAUCACUGG